CAGCCAUGAUCUAGUCGAACACAAUAUCGCCGGUGAUAGCCGGGUAUGCAGGAGGAUGGGUAAGGCCCGUGCGAAAAAGAAGACGACAGUGGUGUUGUCGUCAGACGACGAAGAGAGUGGGCAAUUAACCCUCAAUAAGGCUGCUGUUUCGACCAGCACAUCACCACAACGCCCAAUUGCUGCAACGCACAAGGCAUCACCAGCCAAGGUCAACACACCUAAAAGUCGCAAGAGCCGUAAAGAUGUCCUUGUCAGUCCUGGCUCGCAGAAGUCAGCGGCGUCGCCUUCGCCCUCACAGAAGUCCAGGCCAAAGGAGCGAACUUUAUUCUCAUUUUUCAGUGCCCAAACGCAACGUCAGCAAGCCUCCUCAUCUAUUAACGGACAUACAAUGGGGUCUGAAUCCAAAGCUGGGCAAAUGGAGGAAGAGGAGGAUAUCGAAGACGACUCGCUGGACGAAGCAAUGGCUUCUCUGGACGAAACCAAGUUUGGUUCCGACUACCCGCUCCCCGUCCGGCAGAAGCGGAAAAUUAACGAGUUGGACGAAAGCACCAGCAUUCCGAUAGGCAGCCGGAUGUUUAAGCGAGCGGCCACAGCUGACCAGGCCGUGCGAUCUACAGUUGCUGUCGAUCUUCGCCCGUGGACAGAGAGGUUUGGUCCCACUGAGGUGGACGAGCUGGCAGUGCACAAGAAGAAAGUUCAAGAUGUGAAGAUCUGGUUACAGCGAGUCAUUGCUGGCCAAGAGCGGAAGCGACUUUUGAUUCUCAAGGGUGGAGCGGGUACGGGUAAGACUGUCACGUUGAAACUGUUGUCUCAGGAGCUUGGAAUACAUGUUAGCGAAUGGAGCACCAGCAACACUUCGUCUGAAGAGGGGUUUGUUUCCAUGUCGGCUCAAUUCCAAGACUUUGUUGCAAGGACUGGCACCUUCGGUACACUUGAUUUUGCCUCCAACACUACACAGUCUCCGUCGGUGCAACAGUCUAACGAGCAAGUAUCUAAUCGAAAACAGCUCGUGCUCAUCGAAGAGUUCCCCAACACAUUCUCCAGGUUUUCGAGUGGUUUGCAGUCAUUCCGAACAGCCGUCCUUCAAUACCUCGAGGCAUCUAUGCCUUCCGCAAGCUCAUUCUUCACAUCACAGGCUUCAACCACAAAACCAAUCGUGCCUAUCGUAAUGAUAAUCUCUGAGUCUCUACUCUCCACAUCCACAGCGGCUGCGGACAGUUUCACGGCUUAUCGACUGCUUGGCCCUGAUAUUCUCGGUCACCAAGCAACUACCGUAAUAGAAUUCAACCCCAUAGCACCUACGUUUAUGACAAAAGCACUUGAUUUGGUCCUACAAAAAGAGUCAAAGAAAUCAGGCCGUAAAAGAGCGCCAGGUCCGGCUGUACUCAAGCAUCUAGCUGGGAUUGGCGACAUACGAAGCGCUAUUUCGUCGUUAGAGUUUCUUUGCUUACGAGGAGAUGAAUCGUCAGAAUGGAGUGGCAGAGUCACGUUCACGAAGCAAAAGCGCGGCGGUGUCGAUGCACCCAUGUCAAAGAUGGAAGCGCAGUCGCUCGAGAUGGUCACGCAGCGGGAGAGUACCCUGGGCAUCUUCCACGCGGUCGGCAAGGUGGUGUACAACAAAAGAGAAACACCUCCGGCGACUGACACACCACCACCACAACCGCCGAAUCAUCUCCCCCAGCACGCGCGACCGAAAGUCUCAGAAGUAAACACAGAAACUCUUCUUAACGAAUUAGGCACAGACAUUGCAACCUUUAUUGCGGCACUUCACGAGAAUUACAUCUUGUCAUGUAGCGGCCUAGACAGCGAAGAGACUCUCGACCACGUCAAUGGGUGUAUUGAUUCUCUUUCGGACGCGGACAUCCUCUCUCCCGAUCGCUUCAGUCCAAACGUGCAUCGCCGGGCGCAGACUUACGCCGGUACUGGCACCGACAGCCUGCGACAAGACGAAAUAAGCUUCCAGACCAGUGUUCGCGGCCUCUUAUUUAACCUACCCCAUCCCGUCAAGCGAAUACUGCCGCCUCAAGCAAACACGCAUAGCAAGAGCUUCGGCUCCAGAAGUGCUGCAUUUCAAAUGUUUUACCCCACGUCGAUGCGCAUCUGGAGACGACAGGAGGAGAUCGAACAGGCGCUGGGCACCGUCGUCGCGAAGUUGCGAAGUCGUGGCUUUUCGAAACUCAGCAAGAUUUCAUCAUCAGCAUCAUCAUCAAAUAGCUACUCGCCGAGUGCGGUAGAAACCUGGCGUCUGAACAGAUUUGGCGGUAACUCCGCGUCGGCGUACAAAGAAGAGAAAAAACAAGGCAGGGAUGUCAAACAGGACGACGAAAUGUAUGCUGCGACCGCUAUGGUAAGGGGUUUGAUGGCCAAGGACGAAUUACUCCUCGAGCGUUUGCCGUACAUGUCAACAAUGCGGAAGUACAACAAGCUCCGGGACACGCAGGAUAUCAAUCGGGACAUGGACAAAGUCACGCGGAUGGGCAUGUUCGCGACGGUGGAUGGGGAUGAUGACGAUGCCGAUAGCGCAACCGCAGACAUCGAGGAACAAUGGAGCACAGACAAGCCUAGUGAAGAAAUUGGUCCUGUGAGGCGCAAGAUGUUUAUUAUACAGAAACCUGUCAGCAAGUCUGACGCUGUGAAAGAUAAGAUGGAAAGCCUGGUGCUUGAGGAUGACGACAUCGAAGAUGACUAGGAUCAAGGGUCAGGGGGGUGUUUGGAUGCAAUUUUGGAAAAGGCCAAAAAGUAGAAAUGCUCAUGUAAACAAUAAAAUCGAAAGGUUUGGUUUGGUGCA